UCACACGCCGGCGACAGUGACGCGCGGGCGGCUCCGCUCUCCACAGCGUUAGCCCCAGGGUUUUGGGGCGGCAACGUGCGGAGUCCUUACCUUGAGCCGGUGCGGUUGCCCGCAGCAGCCGGGAAUCCAUGGUCACUGUGGCGAGGCGGGAGGACGCGGGCGGCAGGUAGCCUCCCAGUCCCGCACGCUGCGGCUCCGCGCCUGGCCGAGCCACCUCGACCCGGGAAGUUGGGGGCGGUACCCGGCACUCCCCCUGUGCCGCCGCCGCCGCCGCCGCGGUUUCCAAGGGGUCAGAAACCGCUGUGUUUGUUUCGUCCGCGUAGCCAGGACCCGUGGCCCGGGCGCUGUGCCUGGCCCGCCUGACGCGUCAGUCAGAGACCCGUGCCAGGUGUAGGAGUCGCAGUCUGGGCUGCCAGCGGCUGCUGGGGAAGACAGACCUGUUUUCUCUUCCAGCAAGUCAUUUUCAAAAUGCACCGUGCUGCCCCUGUCUUCUUAAGUCCCCUAGGAAGACACUGCCGCAUCUAGACCGGUGCUUAUGGUCGCCACUGUUAUUCUGACUCAAUUCUCGUGUCAUUGAGUUCAGGUUGUUUCUGUUGUUUUGGAAGAACCGCGUGUACGGAUUUUGCCUGCAGGCAGAACCAGACAAUUCCUUGACAUCUGUUGUCAUCUAUUCCUAAUGUUUCCUUCCCUCUGGAAUAACCUGUCUAUCAACUAUCUGAAACAGAGAAGGAGGGCUUGCAUAUCUUCUGAAACUUAUUAACCAUGAACCUUGAUUGCUCAGAAAGCUAACCUAUAAAAAUGCCUUAAGAAAGAACCAUGGAGAAGUAUGUUAGACUACAGAAGAUUGGAGAAGGCUCAUUUGGAAAAGCUGUUCUUGUUAAAUCCACAGAGGACAGCAGGCAUUAUGUUAUCAAGGAAAUUAACAUCUCAAGGAUGUCCGGUAAAGAGCGGCAAGAAUCAAGGAGAGAAGUUGCGGUGUUGGCAAACAUGAAGCAUCCAAACAUUGUCCAGUAUAAAGAAUCAUUCGAAGAAAAUGGCUCUCUCUACAUAGUAAUGGAUUACUGUGAAGGAGGAGAUCUGUUUAAACGAAUAAAUGCUCAGAAAGGCGCUUUGUUUCAAGAAGAUCAGAUUUUGGACUGGUUUGUACAGAUAUGUUUGGCUUUGAAGCAUGUACAUGAUAGAAAAAUUCUUCACCGAGAUAUAAAGUCACAGAACAUAUUUCUAACCAAAGAUGGGACAGUGCAGCUUGGAGACUUUGGAAUUGCUCGAGUUCUUAAUAGUACUGUAGAGCUGGCUCGAACUUGCAUAGGGACUCCAUACUACCUGUCUCCUGAAAUCUGUGAAAACAAGCCUUACAAUAAUAAAAGUGACAUCUGGGCUUUGGGCUGUGUCCUUUAUGAGUUGUGUACACUUAAACACGCAUUUGAAGCUGGAAACAUGAAAAACCUGGUAUUGAAGAUAAUAUCUGGAUCCUUUCCUCCUGUGUCUCUGCAUUAUUCCUAUGAUCUCCGCAGUUUGCUCUCUCAGCUAUUUAAAAGGAAUCCUAGGGAUAGACCAUCAGUCAACUCCAUAUUGGAGAAAGGUUUUAUAGCUAAACGGAUUGAGAAGUUUCUCUCACCUGAGCUUAUUGCAGAAGAAUUUUGUCUAAAAACAUUUUCAAAGUUUGGACCACAGCCUAUACCAGGUAAAAGACCAGCAUCAGGGCACAGCUCUAUUUCUCUUGUCCCUGCUCAGAAAAUCACAAAGCCUGCUGCUAAAUACGGAGUGCCUUUAACACAUAAGAAGUAUGGAGAUAAAAAGUUACUUGAGAGAAAAUCACCCCCCAAACAUAAACAGGCCCAUCAAAUUCCAGUGAAGAAAAUGAAUUCUGGAGAAGAAAGGAGGAAGAUGUUUGAGGAAGCCGCAAAAAAAAGAAGGUUGGAAUUUAUUGAGAAAGAGAAGAAGCACAGGGAUCAGAUUAGUUUCCUAAAGGCCGAGCAGGUGAAGAGGCAAGAGAAGCAGCGGUUGGAGAGAAUAAAUAGGGCCAGGGAACAAGGAUGGAGGAAUGUUUUAAGGGCUGGUGGAAGCGGUGAAGUGAAGACUCCCUUUUUUGGCAGUGGAGGGGCUGUCUCUCCAUCUCCUUGCUCUUCUCGAGGGCAGUACGAACAUUACCACGCCAUUUUCGAUCAAAUGCAGCAACUAAGAGCAGAAGAUAAUGAAGCGAGAUGGAGAGGAGGUAUCUAUGGUCGGCGGCUUCCGGAAAGGCAAAAAGGACAGCUCGCUGUAGAGAGAGCUAAGCAAGUGGAAGAAUUCCUCCAGCGGAAACGGGAAGCUAUGCAGAAUAAAGCCCGAGCUGAAGGACAUGUGGGAAUCCUGCAAAACCUGGCAUCUCUGUAUGGAGGCAGGCCCAGCUCUUCAAGAGGAGGGAAGCCAAGGAACAAUGAGGAAGAGGUUUAUCUGGCAAGACUGAGGCAAAUAAGACUACAGAAUUUCAAUGAGCGCCAACAGAUUAAAGCCAGACUUCGUGGUGAGAAUAAAGAAGCUAAUGGUACCAAAGGACAAGAACCAACAGAAGAAGCUGACUUGAAGCUCAGAAAGAUGGAGUCACUUAAGGCCCAAACAAAUGCACGAGCUGCUGUACUGAAAGAACAGCUGGAGCGGAAAAGAAAGGAAGCCUAUGAGAGGGAAAAGAGAGUGUGGGAAGAGCAUUUGGUCGUGAGGGUAAGGAGCUCAGAUGUUUCUCUACCUUUGGAGCAUCAAGAAACAGGAGGUUCUCCAUCAAAGCAGCAGAUGCAACCUGUUAUUUCUGUGACUUCAGCUUUGAAAGAAGUAGGCCUGGACGGAAGUUUAACUGAUACCCAAGAAACUUCAGAAGAAAUGCAAAAGAGCAACAAUGCUAUUUCAAGUAAGCGAGAAAUACUGCGUAGGCUAAAUGAAAAUCUUAAAGCUCAAGAAGAUGAAAAGGAAAAGCAUCCUCACUCUGACUCUUGUGAGAUUGCUGGUCAUAAAGAUGCCGAAGAGUAUGAGAGAGAAAAUGCCAUUUCCUCUGAUCGUAAGAAGUGGGAGGUUGGAGGCCAGCUUGUGAUUCCUCUGGAUGAAGUGACACUGGAUUCAUCCUUCUCUGCAAGUGAGAAACAUCCUGUGGGAGAGGUGAUUAAGUUAGACUCUAAUGGCUCUCCAAGAAAAGUCUGGGGCAAAAGCCCUGCGGAUUCUGUGCUGAGGAUGCUAGGAGAGGCUGAGCUCCAGCCCCAGACAGGACUGCUAGAGAACACGGCCUUUGAAAGUGAGAUUCAUCCUGAAGGGGAAAACUACAAACCCUUACUCACUGGAGAAGAGAAACCAGAAUGUAUUUCAAAAGAAAUAAACCCAUCAGCUACUGUUGAUUCUAUUGAAACAAAAAGCCCAAAGUUUAGUGAGAUGCCUCCACCAGUGUUGGAUGGAAAUGUGGAAGAUCCUGAUGAUUUGGAAACGGAAGUUCUACAAGAGCCAAGUAGCACAGACCCAGAUGGGAGUUUGUCCCAUGUGGUUAAUGACGUGUGGAUUAGUGAGAAAGAAGCAGCUAAGGAGACUGAAUUGGAAGAUAAUGUUGCCACGCAGCAGAGUGAAGUUUGUGAAGAUAGAAUUAGGGGGAACGUGGACCAGUCUUGUGAGGAUCAUAUAGAACCUGCAGUAGAUGAUUCUCGGCAGUCUGGAUGUGAUGUAGAGAAGUCAGUACAACCAGAACCGUUUUUCCAGAAAGUGGUUCAAUCUGAGCACAUGAGCUCAGUUCAGUCAAUUCAUUGUUCACCAGAAGAAUCAACUUCCCUUCGAUCUCGCUCUGAUUCACCGCCAAAAACUAGAACCAAGAAUUCCUUACUGAUUGGGCUUUCGACGGGUCUGUUUGAUGCAAACAACCCAAAGAUGCUGAGGACAUGUUCACUUCCAGAUCUGUCCAAGCUGUUCAGAACUCUGAUGGAUGUUCCCACUGUAGGAGAUGUUCAUCAAGACAGUCUUGAAAUAGAUGAGCUUGAAGAUGAGCGCAGUAAAGAAGGGCCCUCUGAUUCUGAGGACACCGUGUUUGGAGAAACUGACACAGAUUUACAAGAGCUUCAGGCCUCAAUGGAGCAGCUACUUAGAGAGCAGCCCGGCGAUGAAUACAGUGAGGAGGAGGAGCCGGUCUUAAAAAGCAGCGAGGUGGAGCAGACGGCAAGGGGGACAGAUGCCGCGGAGGAGGACGACAACCCCAGCAGUGAAAGCGCCCUCAAUGAGGAAUGGCACUCAGAUAAUAGUGAUGCUGAGACCACUAGUGAAUGUGAAUAUGACAGUCUCUUUAACCAUUUGGAGGAACUUAGACUUCACCUGGAGCAAGAAAUGGGCUUUGAAAAGUUCUUUGAGGUUUAUGAGAAAGUAAAGGCUAUUCAUGAGGAUGAAGAUGAAAAUAUUGAAAUUUGUUCAACAAUAGUUGAGAAUAUUUUGGGCAAUGAGCAUCAGCAUCUCUAUGCCAAGAUUCUGCAUUUAGUCAUGGCAGAUGGAGCCUAUCAGGAAGACAAUGAUGAAUAAUCCUCAGGACAUUCUUUAUAUUCAACUAUAUGAAAACAUUUGAACUUGACUCAUAAUACAAGCUUCCUGGGAAGUAGAGAUUAUUUAUGAGAAAUACCAGAUUUAAGAUGGGCAUGCUUAUUGCACGAAAAACUGAGAAGUGUGGUUUUUUUUCUUAUAUUUUAUCGACUUUAUUUUGUUUUUUGGAUUCUUUAGCCAACUUCGAUAGAAUGUAUAUGUCUUUAAAUCAUCUCACCAAAGCAUUGACUCAGAACUGGAAUUAGCAGUGUUGAAAUUUACCACGAAAUAAGGAACUAUUUUAGCAACCAUCGUUCUGUGGAAGAGGUUGCCUAUAUCAUAAAAGGCCUGCCUUUGGAGUUUCAUUUAAAUUUCAGCAUGACUUUUUUUUCUGUCUAGGAUUUUUCAUCCUGGCUAGUAGUUCUGCAUUAAAUAAUCCUUGUCAAGGGCUCUAUGCAAAUCUCUACAUUUGGAAGAUGAAAUUUUAGCCUUGAAGUUUGUAUUCUCAAGUCAUUUUUCAACCACUAAAUCUCCUGAGCUAGGUCGGUGGAAACAAUCCUAAAAGUCAUUGAAAGAUUUGAUUAUGAAGGAAUAGCCAAGUUAUAUUUUCUGAUACUUAAAAGUUCCUUAAUUUCUUCUGUUUCUUUUCAUAGAUCAGAAGUAGUGUAUCUAAAAAUCAGGCUAUAAAUUUAAACGUGGACCUAGCAUAUGGCAUAAAAUUGCCGUUUGGUUUCUAACCCCUCUCAUAUAUGUGCCUCGGUGUCGCCUGUGUAAAAAAGGAGAAAGGAACUUUUUUCAUUUGGCACCCUGACAAUUUGGUAACUACUAUUGGGAAAUGUUUGCCUCUUAUUUUCAGUAUGAGGAUUUAACCAGGUCAUUACAAUGAUGGUCACAUAGUUUCAGUUAUGUGAAACUAUAUAGAGAAACAGUUAUAGUUUCAGAAUAUGCCACAUAUACAUGGCUUCAUUGUCUACAGUCUGAAUGCUCUUAAUAAUAAUAGCAGAAAUGUGUGCUUCUCUACCAGUCAGCCUGUCAUCUGAAACGUGGACUCUUACCUUGCUGCACUAUUAGUACUGUAUUGACUUUAUUAUGUAUAUUAUUUCUAACAUUCAAAACUAAAUAGUUGAUUUUUAUAUUUUUAUUUUAUACUAUUAAAUUUGUAUUAUGUACCUGAA